AUGCCGGAAGGAUCGGUGGACUUGAGCACGAAAGUCGUGUUCGCGAAGGGAAAAGUAAGUAUCACUCCCCCAAAAACUUUUUGUCUUCUUACUAUUUUUUCCGGUUUUCAGGUACUUCUCAUCGUCGUGAUGGCGAUCUACUUUGUGUCGGCACUGGCCGUCGUCGGAACCGGUAUUGCCGAACAGUAAGAGAAACGGAACGUGCAAACGAGAACUGAUCAUUUUCAGUUUCUCGUUUAAAUCCAAAGUCACGGCAGCAAAUCCUGAAAAAGAGGUCAAAGAAGCGGGGAUUGCGGCUGAUAUCGUCGGAGGAGUCAUCAUGUUCUUCCUCUUCAUUCCUGCUCUUCUUUGGGUAGAUCAUCGAACAGAAACACGCUGAAAACAUCAUCGGAGAUUCCUUUUCAGAUCGUCGAAGGACUUGUCAUUGCAACUUUGUUGUGUUGCAAGUCCAAGUGUUGUUACGGAUACUGCGCCAUUGUGGCGCUUCCGGUUGUUGGCAUGGGAGCCUUCACGGCCAUCAGCGUGCUCACCGCCGACAUUCCCUGGUUCUUUUUCCUCGGCGGCGUUUGGAUCUUGCUCAUUUUUAAGUGUAAAUAUCCUCGUGCACAUUAUUUGCAAUGGAAUCCUCCACUUUCAGACACAUUGUACAUGAUUUCUGCGUUCGGCAUCAUCACCAUUCUGAACGGAAUCGUGUGCAUCGUCGUCCUGUGCCGCCUGAGCUACUUUGAUCGUGCCGGCGGCGGAGAGGACUCGGAUCUCUACUCGCUGGACGAGGAAGACUUGGAAAAGAGCAAUUCGGCGAGCGAAGAGACCCUCAAGAACCUGACCGGAGUGUACUAG